AUGGCCACUCAUAUGCUACGAAGGAAAACUAAUCAUAGGAGCGUACACGAAGAAGAAAUUUUGAUCAGAGAGGAAGAAGAAAAAGUAAACAACCAAACAAGUUUAUUAUUAACCCUAAUCAAUAGCGCUCAACCUGACGGCGGUGAAUGUGCCAACCAAUCUACCUGCAGAUUGACGUUCAAAUAUAAGGUCUUUAUUACCAAUAAUAAUUAUGAAGUACAAAAUAAUGCUGAAAUUGUUCGUCAAGUCAAUAACUAUUCUGAAAUUCUAAAUGAAUACAUUGAAUUUGGUGAACCUUAUAAGAACACAGUACAUCAACAGUCUAAUAAAUUUGUUCAAUCUGCUGGUCAACCUUUACAGCAUAAUCAGCUUUUACAAUCGCCGGUGAAUUUUAUCCACCAAGAACCUGAAAAAAUGACCUCACCAAUUACAACUACAACGGACCUUGGAAGACAUAGACCAAUUAUUAUUGAUGGCUUAAAUAUUGGUUAUACUCAUGGAAGCCAUAAGAAAUUUUCUGCAAAAGGCAUGCUUAUAUGUGUGCAGUAUUUUGUUCAGAGAGGAUUUCAAUUUGUGAAAAUUAUGAUACCCCAACAUUUUAGAGGAAAGCCUGGAACAGAAACGCAUUCAAUAAUAAAUAUGUUGAUAAACGAUGGUCAUAUUUAUUUUACACCCAGUAGAAAAGUCAAAAACAUUCGUUUAACAUGCUACAGUGAUCGAAUCAUGCUUGAUUAUGCUAUUAAAUGUGGUGGAGUUGUGGUAUCCAAUGACAAUUUUCGGGACCUAUUUUAUGAACACACUAAGUACCAAGAAAUAAUACGCAAAAGGCACAUUAUGUUCAUGUUCAUUGAUGAUUUAAUCAUUUUUCCAAAUGAUCAGUAUAGUUGCCGUUAUCCACAUUUGUUUGCUCCUAAUAUUUUUCAUUUUCCUGCUUGAAUUCAAACAUAUUACCCGCCA